UGAGCGAGAGCGGCGGAGUUGCCGGAGGAGCGAGCGACGAAGUGGCCAAGACGAGCCGGAAGAGCAGCAAGAAGGGCAUGGCGGUCAUUGAUGUGGCCUCUCUGGAAGAGCCGAGGCUGUUUGCUGUGACGGACAAAGGGGAGGCCGUGACGCUGCCGGAUGAGCUCGUUCUGGCUAUCUUUCUUCAUCUCGACUUGCGCUCGUUGCUGGCGGCGGCCGGGACCUGCCGCAACUGGCGGCGCUUUGUGGUGGAGCCCAAGCCGUGGCGGACGGCGUGGAAGGCGCAUCUGGUGAUGUACCACGACUCUUUCCACGAGCUGCAAGCCGCCAAGGAAGCCGCGACCGGGCCAGGACGGGCACGGGUGGAUGUUGACGCCGAUGUCGAUGGCGACACCCUGCGCGAGCUCGCCACCCGGUUUGACACCGCCAACUCGGAGAUGGUGGGGCUGAUUGGCGCGUCUCUGACGGUGCCGUGCGCAGCAGCGCACGUUGAGGGCUUCCGUGCCUUUGGCAAGGUUCUUCCGCGAAUCUACAGUAACGCAUACAAGACGCACGCGACGGAGCUGCUGGAGCUAACCAUGGCGGGCAUCAAGUCCGACGAGGUCAAGGUUGCGCUGGCUGCGCUGGAUGUGUUCUCGUCGUUGGCGCUGCUGGCGGCCAACGAGGCGUCCCUGGUCGAGUUCCGUGACGGCGGUGAGAGCUCCGAGGCCGGAGAGUCCGCCAGCGGGCUCCCGUCGUCGCUGGACCCGCGCAAGCUGGCCGCGCUGAUGAUGGGCGGGCGGGUGGAGGACGCGGCCAAGUACGGCAUCUUUAUCCGCAACACGCUGCUUCCGCUGCUGUUCAACUCGCUGAUGUCGCGCCCGCUGGAGGCGAGCGGAUAUGUGGUGGCCGAGGUGAAGAAGGCCCAGGCUGCGUCGACCGAGCUGACAGAUCCGACGAUUCGGUCGCUCUCGCAGAUUCUAGUCACGUUCCACUCGACUAUGCCGUCGGUUAUCGACGCGAUCUAUGGCUUUGCGGCCGAAACAUUGCGUCGAGCGAGUGGCGGGCGCGCGAGGUCGGACUCCUGGUUUUCGGCGCCAUUACUGACGCCAUGGGCACCGGGCAGAAGCCGGAGCCGCUCCCGCGUGGGCAUCCGAUGUACCCAAAGGUGGUGCGGAUGGCGAUCGAGGCGCUGGCGUCGGACGAAGUAGCGGUUGUGCGCGACACGGCGGCAUGGGCGCUGACCAACAUCUUUAUAUCCAACGCAGUCCCGCUGCUGACGUCGUUCUCGACCUCGUCGAUCGAGACGCCGCUCUCGGACUUUCCGGAGCUUCAGGAGCAGCUGGUGGAAGCGGUCAUUGCGCGAGUGGAUGACACCGAGGCGCUGGUCUCGUCCAACUGCUGCGGCAUUCUCAUCAACAUGGCCAUUUCGUUUGCGUCGCCACUCCCGCUGCUGGAGGUGACGCAGACCAAGCUGGCAGCGACGCUGACGCGGGCGAUCGACGACCUGUCGGUGCUUUCAGCUGCGUUGGAUGAGGCGAGCGCGGCGAGAGCUGGGGCAUCUAGCUCAUCGACACCGAGACCGGGCGGAGUGGCGACACCUAAAUCGCUGCUGACGCCUGGCACUGGGUCAUCAGCGAGCUCGCGGACGUUUGAGACGGCGCUUGACGCUGCGCUCGAGCCGACCGUUGCCGAGCAGCGGCUGGAGCGGGCGCUGGCACUUGUGGCGAGCGUCUCGGGCGAAACGGUGCAAGCAAUGAGCAGUACGUUUGGCAGCGCAGCACCUGCAGUUCCCGAGGGCUACGAGGCGAUCCGACAAGCGGCGUACAUGCGCGUGUUUGACGCAGCAGCAGCAGCAUCGGCACUGUUUUCGCUCUGGUACGAGGUGCUCGAGUCGUCGAACUCGAACCUGAUGAACCCGUACUUUGACCCGGUCGAAGACCGGCUUGUGGUGGAUCCGGCGGUUGUGGAACAGAUCGAAGGUGUGGCGGCGCACCUCAUUUCGCUGCUCUUCCGCGGCAACCUUCCCGCGGUGCGGAUGUCCGAUGAGACGUCGCCGGUUUCGCACAGGUCACGAUUUGCACACGUGGUGGGGCGGAUCGAGUUUAUGUCGAACACGGACGGCAACGGAAAGUGUCGGUUCUGCUCUGCGGCGCACGAGCCACCGCUUGCUGACGUGCGAGCCUUUGUGCUCCAUGCGCUGGGGCCGAUUGUGCCGCUGCUGUUGCAGUCGCAACGGAGCAUCGAUGUGGUCUGCGACCUCGUCGACUAUGUGGCCGACGUUCUUGAGGAGGACGACAUCAACGACUCGGUGCACAUUGCCAAGGCCGAGGCCUCGCUCGUGUUCUCGUUUGCCAUCUCGAUCCUGUCGUCGAUGCCGGACCUCGAGCGCGAGCUGGCGCCGGUGUGCGAACGGGUGGUCGACGCGUUGUCGGGCCCGGGCCUCCCGGAGCUGUGCUAUCCUGUCUGGCAGCGGUGCGUGCAGUUGCUCGGCUCGCUUGCUCACCACACGGCGGACCAUCUCGCACCGCAGUUUGACGAGGUUGUCUCGCGGAUUAUCAGCUCUGCCGAACACUUUCUUUCCCACGGCGAGGAGCACACGCACGCCGGUGCUUGUGCGCUCCUCACUGCGGAACAGUCGGAGAACAUGUGCGGGUGCAACUCGCCGCUGUCGGUGGCGAUCGCUGCGCUCUGCCUGGCGGACAUGGUGUUUAUUGUGGCGGACCACAUGACGGAGAACGGGCGGUUGGAGACGAUUUUCAACUUUGUGCUCCGGGUGCUCAAGUCUGCGCCUGCGCCGGACACGCCGGUGGACCGGUCGCUUGAGAGCUCGUGCUGCGCGGAGCAUGCAGCAGAGGCAGCGGCGCAUGCGGAGAAGGUGGCAGCGGCCAAGCGGGCGGUGCUCUCGGGCCCGCUGGCGGACUACGAGUCGCCGUUCUGGACGACGGUGGCCGACUCGUACACGUACUUUGCUAAUCUGGAGGCGUUCUUCUUCUCGGCGCGGUCUAUUGUACACUUUGCAGUGCCGGAGGGCGGGCCGGUGCCGGGCGAGUUUGAGCCGUACGCGCGGACGAUUCUGGAGCACAUCCGGGACUCGUCGCCGUUCCUCUGCCCAACGCGGUCGGCGGCGAUCAUGGCCGAGGCUGCAGCGCUUGUGGGCCAGCUGGUGACGUCGUAUCCAGUGCUGGCGACGCUGGCAACGCACAACGACAUCUUUGACAUGGUCUCAGUGCUUGUUGUCUACAACCGCGACACGAACGAGGACUCGAUUGCGGCCGACUUUGCGGAGGACACAUACGCUGUGCUGACCGAAAUCAAGGAGGCGCAGGCGCGGGCACUGGACCUUGCCGCCGGAGGGUUUGGGCCGGCAGUGUUCGAGAUGCUGCAGGCGCUGCUGCCUCACGGUCACUGGGGAUGAGGCAUGGGGGGCGCAGUGGGCUUGUAUGGUUUGUACAGGGCGUCAUCCGCCAAAGGUAAACUCGUCGAGCGAGGA